AUGGAGGGAAGGACCAAAUCCCCCGGACAAACGUUGCUCACCGCUUUGCCAUUCUCCUCCGAGAUCAUGUUUUACAAAGUACUCGGCGACUUCAAAUUCCCGGAACAGGCCACCUUCGAUGGAUCCAGAGAUCCACGCGAACAUCUGCUCAGUUAUCAGGCCAAGAUGCAGGUCUUAGGAGUCCGUGACCCGGUAAUGUGUCGCGCCUUCUUGCCCACGCUAAAGGGCUCGGCACAAAGGUGGUUGGUGGCGCUGCCUCCAGGAUCGAUUCACAAUUUUGAGGAGCUGGCCGAUCGCUUCAUGAGUCAUUAUGCAGCCAACAUCAAACCACAAAGGGAUCUGACCCAUCUAGGAGACGUACACCAAGAGGAAGGUGAGUCCUUGAAAACCUACUUGGCUCGCUGGCAAAAAGAGAUCCAGUCUGUCGAGGACCAGACCGCACUCACCUUCUUCAUCGAGUCCUUGCAAUCCGGGCAGCUAUACCGGGAUCUACGGGAUAACCGCCCGGCCACCUACGCGGAAGCCAUACACAUGGCUAAUAAGAGGGCUAACACGGCGCAGGCCAUGAAGCACAAACGACAGCGUGAGGUCGGAGGAUCCACUGGUGGAAAGAGGACCCGCGCGGAAACUAAGGAAAGGCGUCCAAAAGUAGCUCGCCAGUCCGAAGUUAGGCGUCCGUAUGAUAGGCCUGCCGUUCACCCCUAUAGACCGGCUCCUCAACAUCCGGUACACGAGGUACAAGCAGUCGCUCCACCUCCAUCCCCGCUGACUGACGAUCGCGUGACGAACGAGGAGACAGGUAAGACCUCUAAGUACUGCCGUUAUCACAAAUCUUAUACUCACAGCACGGAAGAGUGCUUUUACUUGAAGAAGAUCAUGGAAGGAAUCAUCCAACAACGGACCCCGCCUCUUAAUCAGUGGAGGAGAAGGUCGGCGGCCUAG